CCUCCUCCACUGUUUACUCUGGCUGCUAACUCUCCUCUCACUCCUUCCAUGACUCCCGUUUUCACAUAAAUGGAUUAACCCCUCCGCCAAAAUGUCCCCAGGCACAUUGAGAAAACAAUGAGAUCUCUGAUGAAGAUGUUUCCACAAUCAGGGAAAUCCAUCGUCUUCGACAACUUCCCAGACCCGUCCGACACCUGGGAGAUCAUCGAGACUAUCGGGAAAGGGACUUAUGGGAAAGUCUACAAGGUGCUGAACAAGAUCGAUGGGAGCAAAGCGGCUGUCAAGAUCCUAGACCCCAUCCAUGAUAUAGAUGAGGAGAUUGAAGCAGAGUACAACAUCCUCAAGGCCCUCUCAGACCAUGCUAAUGUGGUCAAGUUCUUUGGGAUGUACUACAUGAAGGACGUGAAAAAUGGCGACCAGUUGUGGCUAGUACUGGAGCUCUGCAAUGGAGGCUCGGUAACAGAUCUGGCCAAAGGAAUGCUGAAGAGAGGGGACAGGAUGGACGAGCCUGUUAUUGCCUACAUCCUACACGAGGCCCUUAUGGGACUACAACACCUGCAUAUCAACAAGACCAUCCACCGUGAUGUCAAAGGCAACAACAUCCUGCUCACCACACAAGGAGGAAUAAAACUGGUGGACUUUGGUGUCUCCGCCCAGCUGACCAACACUCGUCUCCGUAGAAACACAUCGGUGGGAACUCCGUUCUGGAUGGCGCCCGAGGUGAUCGCCUGUGAGCAGCAGCUAGACUCCACUUACGACGCUCGCUGUGAUGUUUGGUCUCUGGGGAUCACAGCCAUAGAGCUUGGCGAUGGAGAUCCGCCCCUUUCUGACCUCCAUCCAAUGAGAGCUCUCUUCAAAAUCCCCAGAAAUCCACCACCCACCCUCCACCAACCUGAGCUGUGGUCGGAUUACUUUAACGACUUCAUAUGCAAAUGUCUGAUAAAGGACUUUGAGUUGAGACCGAAUGUCCUAGAUCUGUUCCAGCAUGGCUUCAUCAAACAGAUUUUUGGCCGAGAGAGGAUCCUGCAGAAACAGCUGAUGGAGUUCAUAGACCUCAACCAGCAGAUAGGCAUCACUGGGAAAACAAGCCAUCAUGGAAAAACAGACAGAAGAGACAGUAACGACAGACAUGAGCGUAUUCACACCAAGAAAGGCAGCUACAUUAAUUCAUCAAGCCCCGCCCCCAAUGAAGUGGACGACCUUGCGACCCUGGAGGUGCUUGAUGAGAAUGCAGUCACAGAGCAGCUUCAGGGUCGCUACUCAGUGGACCAGAUCUACACGUAUGUGGGAGACAUCCUCAUCGCUGUCAACCCUUUCCACAAGAUGGACAUCUACGGCUCCGAGUACACUAAGAUGUACAUAGGGGCCAAGCGCACAGCCAACCCUCCACACAUCUUUGCUGUUGCAGACAUAGCUUACCAGUCCAUGGUGACAUACAAUGCAGAUCAGUGCAUCGUAAUCAGCGGGGAGAGUGGAGCAGGGAAGACAGAGAGUGCCCACCUGCUGGUCCAGCAGCUCACUGUGCUGGGCAAGGCCAACAAUAGGACCCUGCAGGAAAAGAUCCUGCUGGUCAACAACUUGGUGGAGGCUUUUGGGAACGCUUGCACGGCGAUCAAUGACAACUCCAGCCGCUUUGGGAAGUACUUGGAGAUGAAGUUCACAAGCGGGGGAACCGUCGUCGGAGCACAGAUAUCGGAAUACCUUCUGGAGAAAUCCCGCGUGACUCACCAGGCUGUGGGAGAGAAGAACUUCCACAUCUUCAACUACAUCUACGCUGGUCUGGCUGAGAGGAAGAAGCUAGCCCACUACAAGCUCUCUGACAGCAAAACCCCCAAGUAUCUGUGCAACGAGCACAUUAAAUUAGGGCCUGACAUUGUGAGCAGCACCUUCUACAAGGAGCAGUUCGAUGCUGUGGAGCAGUGUUUCAAAGUCAUUGGUUUUACUCUGGAGGAACUGGGCAGCGUGUACAGCACUCUGGCUGCCAUCUUGAAUUCAGGGGACAUUGAAUUUGCCUCCGUGGCGUCAGAGCACCAAACCGACAAGAGUAACAUCUCCAACAUCGCUGUCCUGGAGAAUGCGGCCUCCCUACUGUGCAUCCGCUCGGACGAGCUCCAGGAGGCCCUGACGUCCCACUGCGUGGUGGCGCGCGGGGAGACCAUCGUCCGGCCCAACACGGUGGAGAAGGCGUCCGAGGUGAGGGACGCCAUGGGCAAGGCCCUGUACGGACGCCUCUUCAGCUGGAUCGUCAACCGCAUCAACACCCUGCUGCGACCCGACAGCCAGCAGGGGGAGGAGGAGGACAAGGGUCUGAACAUCGGCAUCCUGGACAUCUUCGGCUUUGAGAACUUCAAGAAGAAUUCUUUCGAGCAGCUCUGCAUCAACAUUGCCAACGAGCAGAUCCAGUUUUACUUCAACCAGCACAUUUUCGCCUGGGAGCAGGACGAGUACCUGAACGAGGAUGUGGACGCCCGGGUGAUAGAGUACGAGGACAACCGGCCUCUCCUGGAUCUGUUCCUGCAGAAGCCCAUGGGCAUGCUCGCUCUGCUGGACGAGGAGAGCCGCUUCCCCCAGGCCACCGACCAGACGCUCGUAGAAAAAUUUGAAGACAACCUGAAGUCCAAAAACUUCUGGAGACCAAAGAGAGUAGACCUUGGCUUCGGCAUUCACCACUAUGCUGGAAAGGUGAUUUAUAACGCUGGAGGCUUCCUGGCUAAAAACAGAGAUACUCUCCCUGCUGAUAUAGUUCUCCUGCUGAGGUCCUCAGAAAAUGAGCUGAUCCGCAAACUGGUCACCCAUCCUCUCACUAAGACUGGCAACUUGGCCCACACCAAGGGAAAAGCCAUGACCACAGCCCAUACGCUUCGAACCCCUCAACGCACCAUUAAUUUUGCCAAGAUGGGAGUACAUCCUUUGUUUAGUUCUAUGUCAAUCAGUGAGCCUUCAUCUCGGAAAUUAACGCUCAUCUCUGAACGCACACACAUGCUUGCUGUGCCACUUGAGCACAAUGUACAUAUGCAAAUGGGGGAGCCGGGAGAGAGCAGCCAUCAUCCUAGAGAGACCACCAACAUGCGGACACAGACCGUGGCUUCCUACUUCAGAUACUCUCUUAUGGACCUGCUGUCCAAGAUGGUGGCUGGACAGCCUCACUUUGUACGCUGCAUCAAGCCCAACAACGACCGGCAGGCAAGCAAGUUUGACCGGGAGAAGGUUAUGGUGCAGCUGCGCUACACCGGGGUUUUGGAGACAGCUAAGAUCCGCAGACAGGGAUACUCGCAUCGUAUUGUCUUUGCCAACUUCAUCAAGAGAUACUUCAUUUUGGCUUUCCGUGCCCAUGAGGAGCCGGCUGCUACCCCAGAGACAUGUGCAGCCAUCUUGGAGAAAGCAAAGCUAGAGAACUGGGCCCUGGGCAAAACGAAGGUGUUCCUAAAAUACUACCAUGUGGAACACCUGAACCUGAUGGUGCGACACACCACAGAUCGCAUCGUUCUGGUUCAGGCUUACGUCCGGGGCUGGAUGGGAGUCAAGCGCUACCGCCGCACCCUGGAGAGCAGAGAGCAGAGUGCUAUGGUCCUCCAGUCAGCUUACAGAGGGCAUAAAGUUCGGAAAAGAGUUGCUGAUGAUAAAAGCAAAGCCAAGUUUGAGGCCUUCAUCAUCCAGUUACAGGCUGUUUGUCGAGGAUACCUCGCUAAACAGAUCUACAAGCAGCUGGUGGACGAGAAGAACAAAGCAGCAGCCAAGAUCCAGGCUCAUUACAGAGGACACAAGGAGAGGAAAAGCUUCCAAAAAAAAAAGGAGGCUAAACAGAAAGAGAAGGCCAGAAUAGCCAUGGAAGAGGAGUUAAAGGCGCGUCCAUCUGCUCCCGGCGCCGCAGAGGAAGGUGAGGAAGACGAGGCCAAGGCUGCCGUGGUCCUCCAGAGUAACUACCGAGGCUACAAGGAGAGGAAGAAGCUCCGGGAGCGCCACAAGACCAGGAGCGGAGAUGAGUUGGUGCCGCCACCGCCCGCAGACGCGGAGCGAGACGCCGGCGGACAAGAGCCUGUUAUUCCAGAAGAGGAAGAGGAGGACGACCCGUCCGCCGUCGCGGAAGGGAAGGAGCGAGUGGGGGCCGAAGGGCCCUUGGAGGAGGAGGACAGCGACGACGGCACGGAGAAGGCCGAGGACGACGACGAGGAACACACGGAAGUGGGCGAGGAGCUCGACGUCGAGGACGCCGAAGACGUCCCGGAGGAGGGGGACGGGGAGCGGGACGGAGGCGAGGAAGGAGAGGCGGGGGCCGAAGAGGAAGAGGUCCACCCCGAGCAGGAAGCCAAGGCGGCGACGGUCCUUCAGAGCAACUUCAGGGGUCACAGAGAGAGGAAGAAGCUGGAGGAGGAAGGGAAGAUCCCAGCCAGGAAGCAGAAAGGGAAGAGUCCCCCGGGAGAGGGAGGGCAGUCCGCGACAGAGCGGCCGGCUGACGCGGAGAAGACGAAAGAGGAGGAGACGCCAGGCGUGUCGGCAGGCGGAGGAGAGCCGGGGCCGGUGGAGGAUGAGGCCAAGGCGGCUGUGGUCCUACAGAGCAACUUCAGAGGCCACAAGGAGCGCAAGCGGCUCGAAGAGGAAGGAAAGAUCCCCAAGAAGAAGAAUAAGAAAGGGGCCGCGUCUCAAGACCCUCCGAGGGUGGAGGCCGUUCCGGAGGAGGAGGAAGGAGGGCCCGAGCCCCAAGAAGGCGCGCCUGCCGACGGCCAGGCCGAGGUGGACGAAGAGAAGGCGGCGACGGUGCUUCAGAGCAACUUCCGAGGCCACCGGGACAGGAAGAAGCUGAGGGCGGGGAGGGAAGGAGGGGAGAAGACGACGAGGGUGGAGCCGGUGGCCGAGGAGCCGACGACGGAAGGCGACCGGGAAGAGGAAGAGAUGCUGGAGGUCACCGACGUCCUGCUGGAUCACAAAGGGGAGAGCGAGUCCCAGACGGACGGGGACACGUUCGAGGAGGAGCAGGCCGCCGUGAAGAUCCAAAGCCAGUUCAGAGGCCACAAAGACAGGAAGAACCUGAAGGCCUCCAAGGCCACUGCUCAGAGAGCGGCGGAGGAGGUGGAGGACUUCUCUAAAGAGAUCACGAAGGUUUCCCAGGACUACGUGAACCUCCAGCAGAAGCUAAACGAGAUCAUCCUGGCCCAUCAGUCCAAUCCUGAUAGCAACGGCAUGUUCGUGAAGGGAAACGCAGUCAAUGGCUUUCCUGUCAAACAGCCAUCAGUAGAUUUGAAGGUACAGCGAACUCCUCGCAGAACCCAGCAACCAAAGACCCUGAACACUCCAGAAGACGCCACGUACUACAAUCUGAUUCACAGGUCUGUCCAGGAUGACAAACGUCGGCCGAGGAAACAAGGUCCUGGGAAGCUGCUGGACGUGGAUGACCAGUACUACCAGGGCCUCUCCGGCAGUCCCAAGGAGAGACGCACCUCCACCGCCUACUCCAGGAGGACGUCUGUGGAGCGGAGGCCUUCGACGGACCGCCGGCGCUCCACCGACAGGAGGCCGUCCAGGGACCGGAGGCAGCUGACGGAGCAGAGGCAGGUGGCCGAGAGGAGGCAGUCGAUGGAGAGGAGGCAGUCGAGAGAGAGGGCCCUUUCUGAACCCGAGUCCCCCAAACCAGCCAAAGACAAACGGCACUCCGUUCCCAGAAUGCCCUCCACCGAGAGCCAGACGGAGGACAACCCGUACGACUACCGACGGCUGCUCAGGAAGACCUCCCAGAGACGGAGGCUCAUCAAGCAUUACUGAACACAAGACCUUACCCCCCCAUCACACACACACACACACACACACACACAGCCACCUGACAGAAGUCCUGCAGGCUUCCAGCAGCAUCACCCACCGUUUGUCCAAAUGUGCCAUGAUACUUUACAACGACAUGAUCUGGGAUACAGUGUGGACCACUGACAUCGACCCAGCUAGGUCAACCAGGCAUCUUAAACCUGCUGAAGUGUCUGAAUGGUCUCAGCUCCUUAUGUCAUUAUCAGAAGUUGGAACAAUGUCUCAACAUAUGGUAUGUCAUGUUGAAGGGGAAACAUACAUUCCAGGUACAUGGGGUUGGGAACAGGAAAACUGUAUAAAUUAAUGUGUAAAAACCCUGUGCAUUCAGCGUGUUUGUGCUGAAUGUCUUCCUCUUUCGUUAAAUCUUAACUUCAAGCCUAACAUACUAUAGGCUUCGAGUAUGUUAAUGAAUUUUGUGACAAGCUGAUUGGAAAAGGUCAACUAGAAGUGUGUUGUGGAGGUGAAAGUUAGGCUCUUGGUAAACUUCCUUGCUGUUGUGUGUCAAUCCGGAUGAAAGUUUAUCCAUGUCACUGUGCUUAUGACGUUUUGGUGUGUACAGUAUGCUGUACAGUACGCUGAAUUUGAACAAUCUUGUCUAGCGCAGCAAUUUACCAGAUUGGCCCAGUAACUUGUAAAUGUAAAUACUCAAAUAAUAUUAAGGGCUAGGCGACUGCCUAUGUCGCCUAAGAAGGACUGGCACUGAGGGUAGCUGUACAAUGUAAUAGCAUACGAACUUACUUUACAAACAUAAGCAAGCCACUUGUGUACAUUCAUGUAUUCAGCAUGAAACGUUGCUGUACAAUGACUGUUUAAUAAACGCUUCAGGUUUA